UUGUUAGUAUGGUCAGGAAGGGGGUGUAGGUAGGAGGCGGCGGCGCGGCGCAGUGACAGAGUGUGGAGCUACUCGACGGUCCCGUUUGGAUAUACAAAAAAAAACCCGAUAUGGCGUCUGGGGAGACAUUGUAUAUAGAAACGGAUGGCUCGGAGAUGCCUGCAGAGAUCGUGGAGCUGCAUGAAAUCGAGGUGGAAACCAUCGAGACCACGGUGGUCGGAGGAGACGACGACGACGACGACGAAGACGAACAUCAGUCCAUGAUCGCGCUGCAGCCACUGGUCUCCGACGACCCGAAUCACAUCCACCACCAAGAGGUGAUCCUGGUCCAGACCCGGGAGGAGGUGGUGGGAUGCGACGACUCCGAUCUUCACGGAAACGACGGCUUUGAGGACCAGAUUCUGAUCCCUGUUCCUGUUCCAGCCGCGGAGGAAGAGUAUAUCGAGCAGACACUGGUGACUGUGUCUGGGAAAAGCACGGGGCGCCUGAAGAAAGGAAGCGGCAAGAAAGUGGUGAAAAAGGGCUUCUUGGGCGCCAACGAGGCGAGCGGACGGAAAUGGGAGCAGAAGCAAGUGCAGAUCAAAACGCUGGAAGGGGAAUUUUCGGUUACUAUGUGGGCAUCGGAUGAUAAGAAGGACAUCGAUCAUGAGACCGUGGUUGAGGAGCAGAUCAUCGGGGAGAAUUCCCCUCCAGACUACUCAGAGUACAUGACUGGCAAGAAGCUGCCACCUGGUGGAAUCCCAGGCAUUGACUUGUCCGACCCAAAACAGCUGGCAGAAUUUGCAAGGAUGAAACCACGGAAAAUGAAGGAGGACGAUUCACCAAGAACAAUAGCCUGCCCCCACAAAGGUUGCUCAAAAAUGUUCAGGGACAACUCUGCAAUGAGGAAGCAUUUGCACACACACGGCCCACGUGUCCACGUGUGCGCCGAAUGUGGAAAAGCAUUUGUUGAAAGUUCCAAACUCAAGCGACAUCAGUUGGUUCAUACCGGCGAGAAGCCUUUCCAGUGCACAUUCGAAGGCUGUGGAAAGCGUUUCUCGCUGGACUUCAACUUGCGCACACACGUGCGCAUUCACACUGGUGACAGACCCUACGUGUGCCCGUUCGACGGCUGCAACAAGAAAUUUGCUCAGUCCACCAACCUAAAGUCUCACAUUUUGACACACGCUAAAGCCAAGAACAACCAGUGAGGACUAUCUGGAAAGACGUUACAAUAAGGACUUGCACCAUCCAACGCUUUAAAACACCCUUUGUGUGUUGUUUGUAGAAGAUUUUUUUUCUUUUUCUUUUUUUUUUUUUUUUUUUUUUUUUU